AAAGAAACCGGAUUUUUUCAUUCGUGGACAUUUUUGCAUUUGAAACGUGUGGCGAAAAUAGCUUGAGCCAAUGACCUGCAUAUAUCUUGUGUUUAAAUCUAUUCACUACUUCGUAACAUACUACUGCAUAUGAGUAUCGACUAAUCGCAUGGCAAUAUCAAUAUAUGUAGCCUCACGAAAAUUCUCACAUAUACUGCAGUAGCUCAUUACGAAGUUGUACGAGUGAUCGCAUUCCUAAUAAAAUUCCUAAUAAAAUUUCUUUCAUGAUGAGUCUUUUAGACAAACUAAAGAGGAGUGUUAUAGGGACUAGUCUGCAGGAAAGGUAUGAGGCGGCUAUGGUUUUGAGCGGAGCCGGGGAUGCUUUAGGAUACAAGAAUGGCAUAUGGGAAUUCUGCCACUCGGGCGAAGAAAUACACGAGGAACUUGGAUUUGGAGGUUUGAACAAAAUCAAAGUGGAGUUGCCAGACUGGAAGGUCAGCGAUGAUACAGUAAUGCAUAUGGCAACGGCAGAGGCUCUAAUAGAGUGGUAUAACUUAAACAGUGAUAAAUCGGAACCAGAACCCCAAGAACAACUGUAUGCAAAAAUUGCCACCAACUAUAAAGAAUGUCUGCACGAUAUGAAAGGAAGAGCACCUGGUAGAACAUGUGUUGGUUCAUGCGAACUUUUGAAACCAGAAGAAAGUGGAGGCUAUAUUAUUCCGUUUAAUAAAGGUGGUGGUGGAUGCGGAGCAGCCAUGAGGGCUAUGUGUAUAGGACUGUUUUACCCACAUCCGGAGAACCUAGAAAAACUUAUACAAGUAAGUGUUGAGUCAGGACGCAUUACCCACCAUCACCCUACAGGGUAUCUCGGGGCUUUAACCACGGCCUUGUUCACUUCCUAUUCAAUUCAGAGAAAACCAUUAAAGGAAUGGGGAGCUGGGCUUAUGAAGACUCUACCAAUCGCCCUUGAGUAUAUCAAAGAAAGUAAUAUAUGCGUCGAAGAAAACGUCGAAGCUUGGGAUUAUUUCACAAGAAAGUGGACGAAGUAUUUAGAGUUAAGAGGUAUAACUGAUGGAAAAAGUUCUGCCAAGUUUCCUAAAAAGUUUGGCGUUAAGGAACGGGACGCCUUCUACAGUUCGAUUGGACACAUGCGUGGAGGUUUUGGCGGGAAAAGCGGCCAUGAUGCGCCUAUGAUCGCGUAUGAUUCUUUACUCGGGUACGACGGCUCAUGGCCUGAUCUGUGUAAUAGGGCUAUGUUUCACGGUGGGGAUAGUGACAGCACGGGCGUAAUCGCUGCAUGUUGCUAUGGUGCAAUGUUUGGGUUUAAAGGUGUCAAUAAAAACAAUUACAUAAAUCUUGAAUAUAGAGAACGUCUGAAAGAGAUUAGUAAAAAAUUGUUUACUAUAAGUCACCCUGAAAAAGUGAAAGAAAAGCAGGAAAAAUCCCCUCAACCAUCAACUAGUAAAGAAACAGACAAGUUAUUUAACUUAUGGAUGUGUAGUAUUGUGUUUAUAAAUCGACAUUUAUUCAGGGUUUACAUAGUUUCUUUAAAAAGGACAGUUAUAGCGAGACAAAUAUUUAUAAUGGCGAAUUCUAAUCGAGUAAGUUUGAAGGAAAGGUAUGAAGCUGCUAUGGUUUUAAGCGGUGUUGGUGACGCUCUAGGUUACAAAAAUGGAUCCUGGGAGUUUUGUCACUCUGGAGAAUUGAUACACGAAGAAGCGAAACAGUUGGGUGGUGUAGACAAUAUCAAAAUAAACCCGAAAAACUGGAUGGUCAGUGACGAUACUGUAAUGCACAUAGCGACAGCCGAAGGCCUUGUAGAAUUUAUUAACUUCCUGGAAUCGAAAGGCUUAAAGCCAGAACCACAGGAACGAAUGUAUAUGAAGAUUGCCGACAAAUACAAAAGUUGCAUGAAUGACAUGACCGGCAGAGCACCAGGUGCCACGUGUAUGGGUUCGUGUCACAUGUUAAAGACAUCAAGACGUGGCGGGUACAUCAUUCCAUUUAAUGCAAGGGGCGGUGGUUGCGGGGCGGCGAUGAGGGCAAUGUGCAUAGGACUGUUUUAUCCAAAACCUGAAGAUAUAGGCAAUCUUAUUGCAGUAAGUGUUGAAUCGGGGCGUAUGACACAUCACCAUCCAACCGGGUACUUAGGAGCUCUAGCUGCCGCUUUAUUUACAUCAUAUGCCAUUCAAGGAAAACCAGUGAAGAGUUGGGGUGCGGGAUUAAUGGAAACAUUGCCUAAAGCUCUACAAUAUGUGAAAGAUAGUAAUAUAGACGUGAAGGAUAACGUUAAUGCAUGGGACUACUUUACUAAGCGAUGGACCGAAUAUCUAGAACUCAGAGGCAUUUCUGACGGCCUACAGGAUCCGAAAUUUCCAGAAGUAUUUGGCGUGAAAGAACGUGAUGAUUUUUAUAAAUCGCUCAGUUACAGUGGAUGGGGAGGUUCAAGUGGUCAUGACGCUCCUAUGAUCGCAUACGACGCUCUCCUGAGUUAUGAUGGCACGUGGCCUGACCUGUGCAGUAGAUCAAUGUUCCAUAGUGGUGAUAGUGACAGCACUGGUGUCAUUGCCGCUUGUUGCUAUGGCGCUAUGUUUGGAUUUUAUGGAGUUAACAAAAAUAAUUACCAGAAAUUAGAAUAUGGGAAACGUCUCCGCGGGCUUGGCGAAAAAUUGUAUGCAAUAAGUCAUCCAAGCGAUACAGAAGUUGUUGAAAAAGUGAAAAUGGAGGACCGGAAAACUCUUGAGCGGAUUGAUUCCUUACCUAGACCUCCUUCAGAUGAUAGUAUAAAUGAACAAGGACAAAGCUUGUUGAAACGAAUUCGGGAAAAUGAUGAAGAUCCCGAUAAAGUUUUAGAAGGAAAGCUACACGAGUUGACCAAGUGAAAAAGAAUAGUAUUUCCCACAGACUUCCUUAUAUAAUUCAAAAGUACAAUUAUAGUUUCUAGCAUUUACGUCAGUGAAUAUGUUUGUAGUACAGUUGCCAAUUUCAUUCCAGAGUUGGCUUGAUAAAACGGGUUGGACAAAUAUCACCACUCUAUGCCUAGGUCGUCACCAUUAAUGUAGCAAUAUAUCGGAACCUUUUUUACUACAUUAUUAUCUGUUACAUAUCCAUCUUCAGCGCAACAGGUGUAAUUCUUAUGAAAUGUUAGUAAAAGCAGUCUGUAUUUUUAUUAAUGAACAUAUUAUUUAUUACAUGUGAUUUUAUACUUUUUAUAUAAACUCCUUGUUUUCUUAUAAUUAUACAUUGUAUGUAUAUCAAUAAAUUUGAAAUU